AUGGUGCCCGCACCGACAUUCGCGCAUCUUGCGUGCGAUCAGUCACUCACGACCUCGGCAUUGGAGCUCAAAUACGAGAAAAGCACGCAUUUGGUCAACAUACUCAGCAAAGACGAGGACAUCCGCCGUCUACGAUUCGAUGUACAUAUCUUAGAGGACGACAAUGACGAACUCCGCGAGCUUCUCGCGCAGGAAGAAGAUCGAUCAGACGCUUUCGAGAGACUGGUCAACGAAAACUUGGCACGCGCUGAAGAUGCAGAGGCACAGCUUCAGGAGCUGGAAACGGACCUGCGACAGAGAGAGCAAGAGUUGACGAGUCUGUUGGCCGAGAAGGACGCGUUGAAGCAUAGUACGCAAGAUGCGACGGCGGCUCUGACCGAGAAGCUGGCUCUGACGCGUGAGCUGAGCGCGCUGAAGCCGGAAUUGGCGCAUUUGAAGGCGCAGGCAGCGAAUACCGAGGAGCUAAUGACGGAGAAGCUGGCUCUACAACGACAAAUCACGAAUGUGCAAUGCGAACUCGAACAUGCCAAGCGCGAAGCACAGCGUGCUCUGGCCAAGCGCAGGAAUACUGGUGUCGAGAUUGCGCAGGAACUGCAGAUGGAUGAUCUGCGGAAACAGCUUGCGAAGGAGAAGCGUGCCCGUGAACGCGCCGAGGAGGCUGCGGACGUGUCGCAAAGUGAUUUGAAUGUCGACGAAGUGCGGAAGGAAUUGACUCGAGAGAAGAGAGCACGGCAGAAGGCUGAGGAGCAGCUUGAGGAGGCACAACAAAAUACCCAGAUUGAGGAUGUGCGAAAGGAUCUUCUGAACGAGAAGAAGGCAAAGCAGAAGCUCGAAGAUCAGCUUGAAACUGCCCAGGCUGAGCUUGAGGGUCAGAAGAAGGCAGUCGCUCGUGCCUCAAAGCGUGCUGAUGGGAACGCGGCGGCCGACGAUCAGGCUGAGGAUUUACGCAACGAUCUGGCGAAGGAGAAGAAAGCUCGUGCUGCAGCCGAGAGAGGUGCCAAGCAAGCUUCGGACGAGUGGGAGUCGCAGAGGGCCACGCUCGACGACAAGCUCAAUCAGUUCCGGAACAAGCUUCGGACGACCAAGGAGAAGCUGAAGGAAGCUGAGACUGAGCUGGCGACUGCCCGGGCGUCUACAUCUGCUCCAGCACCAGCAAAGAAAGCUACCGCGGCCAAAGCUCCGGCUGCGAAAGCACCAGCCAAAGCGACCAAGAAACGCAAUGCCGACACAAUGGACCAAGACGCCACCCAGCUCGGCACACCAGGUGACGGACCAGCAGCCAAACGUGGUCGCAAAGCAGCAGCCGUAGGCGACAAGUCCACUUUCUCGAUAACGCCAUUCCUUAAUAGGACAAUGAGCGCUGCACCAGAAAGUGGCGACGAAGAAGAAGCCGCCUCGCCAGCGGCCAAGCAACCGGCCAAACAACCUCUCGCCACCCAACCAGCCAGCAAAGCGAAUGUUCAGCCCAAGAAAGCUGCUGUGCAGCGUAAGCAGAAGGCGCCAAUGCUGGAGAUGGUGACAGAGGAGGCCGAGGACGUCCACACGCAAGGACAAGAGAACGCCGGCGCAAAAGCGGCCAUGAAAGUCAAGACCAAAGUCGCCGAUGGACCGGACGACAAUGGCGGCGCGAAGAAGAAGAAAUACCGCAAAUCCAUUCACGAAUUCGCGACCUUUGACGCUGAACCCGAGAUCAAGAAGAAGCGGAAACUGGGCGGGCUGGGCAAGACUCUGUUUGAUGAGGAGGAGGAGACUGCUCCUAAGGCUAUGCCUGGUCGAGCGCUGUUUGGCAGUAAGGGGUUUGGGGCGUUCGGUGGUGGGAUGGGCAAGAAGACGGGUUUGUUGGGCGCGGCGAAGAGUAAGAUGGGGAGUACGCUGCUGACGGCUAUGGAUGGGAGUGGAUUCCAGUUCUCGCCGCUGAAGAAGGGGAGGAGAGGGUUGGAUGACACGUUGAGAGGGUAG